CGCCUUUCUUUUCAACCAAUAAAAGUGUACUGGCAGGACAGACUGUCAGCCUACCUAACACUCGUUUUCUCCUCUGUUGUUAUAAGUAAGAUGGCUCAAGAAGAACAAAUCAUAUACUAUGCUACUCUGUGUGAGCAAUUGUACAAUCCAAAAUCGCCGAAUGAACGCGAGCAAGUACAGAAGUUGCUCGAAUAUUCCUUUCCUACAUUUGCUGAUGAAGCUGGCAAUGGCAUUGCUUCUGCCCUCGCCAAACCUGCAGAACUGGAGAAUUGUCCUCUCUUUACCAUUGUCACACCUACUGACACUGCUUCAGCUCUUCGAAUUUUAUUGGAGAACUCGCCCAACCCAUACGUUCAAACGUUUUGCUUAUCUCGGCUCAAGCAACUUGUCUCCUCGCAGUUCUCAAUUUUUUCCACUGAUACCAAGCUACAGCUACGUUCCUUUCUUCUGGAAUAUGCAUUCAUGCACCCUGAUCUACAGCCGUUUAUUGUAUCUCAAAUGGCCAGCAUCUUGACUUUGUUGACUCGAUUAGGUUGGCUCGAAGUCGAAGAGUACCAAGACAUACGGACAGAUAUCAAUCAGUUUCUUCAGUCAUCGAUGGAUCACCGGAUCGUCGGCAUGCAAUUACUUGCUGGUAUCAUUCACGAUAUGAAUGCUACAUCUGCACCACGUAACACCGCCAAUUUCAGAAAAGCAGCGGCGGGUUUCCGUGAUUCACAGUUACUGGGCUUUUUUGAACUGGCGAUUGACAUCUUUAACAAUCUAACUCUUCGGAGUUUCCUUUUCGAACAAGGUUCAUUGCAGCAUUCUUGCAGAGUGAAACGACGAGAAACUAAUGUACAUGUCAUUGCACUAGCGGAUCAGGAAAAUAAAAUGAAAGACGCCACAUUAAAGGUCCUCAUUGAAUGUCUGUCGUAUGAUUUCACCGGUACCAAUUUGGAUGAAGCAGGAGAAGACAUAGGCACCGUACAGAUACCCGCAUCUUGGCGUCCCAUUUACGAAAGAGAGAACUUUGUCGACACUUUCUUCAGAGCCUAUCGCGAGUUUUCGCAGCCUCAUACUGCGCAAGUGUUGGAAUGCUUGGUAUUGAUAGCGUCUACAAGAAAGGGCUUGUUCAGCAGCGAUGCUGAGCGUUCAAAAUUUGUGUCACGGAUGAUGCAAGGAAUUCGCGACAUCAUUAUCACCUCUGAAGGCAUGGCCGAUACGGAUAAUUACAAUGAAUUUUGCCGACUGUUAUAUCGUUUUCGGGCGGCAGCUCCGCUUACCGAAAUAACCGAAAAGGCGGGCUAUGCGGAGUGGAUCGAACUGAUUGCACAGUUCACAGUCAAAGCUUUCCAAGCGUGGAAGUGGGGUCUGAACACCGCACCUUACUUGCUAGGAUUUUGGUCACGGAUCGCACAGACAAUGGCCUAUUACCAGCAACUGGGAGAAAAGAAUAUCCUCAAAUUGGAGCAUAUUUCGGUAGAAAUUACUCAUGCUUAUCUCACGGCUAAUGUGGAGGCGGUCCCUGUUCGCAUCGAAGAGAUGUUGGAUGAUCCUCUUGAAAAUGAAGAUGCAUUGAUAGAAUCAAUGAUGAUGCUUGGUCAAAUUGCCCGUUGCAAUUAUCAAGACUCUAGCCAAACUCUUAUUGCCAUCUUGGAACCCGUUGCCAUCCAAUAUCAGGAAGUUAUUAAUCGAGCGAAUUCCAGUUUAAUAAGUGACGAAGAAUUGCGAAGUACCGUGGAAAUACUGGAAACACAGUUUACUUGGCUUGUAUAUGCUAUUGCUACUUUUAUGGGCAAUCGACCUGCUUUUCUGAGCGCUGAUGAUCUGGAUGCCAUUGAUGGAGAAUUGGCUACAAAAGUACUUCAACUUAUGGACGUUUAUCAAGCAUUGCAAAAUCGGCCAAACCUGGAUUUUCUGAAUGCAAAACUUGACAUCGCGUUUAUUUAUUUUUUCGAACAGUUCCGCAAAUCAUAUAUUGGGGAUUCCGGCAGUAAUGCGGUUUAUAACAGUUUGACGGAAGUAUACGGGAUCAGGGAUCAAGGGCUCAUGCUCGAAAUUAUCAUGCGAAAAAUUGUGAAUAACUUGCAAAUCUGGCGUCACGACGUGCACGUAAUUUACCGUACGCUGCAGCUAUUCAAUGAACUGGCCAGUGGCUUCAGCGCUUUACGAAAUAUUCGCAAGCUGCAGACGACCCAGUUGGUGCUUCAGAAUCAUAUGUCGAGUGAUUUUGCUUUUGCUGGAAAUGAGAAGCAUCGUCAGAACCGAAUGUUGUACUAUGAAGUGUUGUGCAAAAUUCUGUUCACGGAUGACAACUGUCAGCGAGAAUUUUACGAAUUUAUGCGACCCUUCGAUUUGCGACUGCAGCCUCUUUUGUUACUAAAUUCGGCGGAUGCCUUUCGACAAGAAUCUGUGCGAAUAACUUUACAGGACGUAUUCAGAGAUCUUCGGGGUUUUCUAUCAGCCAUUCAGACUCGACAAAACUUUUUAUUAUUUUUCGAAUGGUUUUAUCCGGAAUAUAUGCCUAUCGUGUUUCGAGCUUUGGAAGCUUGGUCGCCGAAUCCAAUUGCUAAUGUUCUGUUAAGAUUCUUUGCUGAAUUUGUACAAAACAAAAACCAGAGGCUGCAUUUUGAAAUUUCCUCACCCAAUGGCAUACUCAUAUUCCGCGAUAUGAGCCAAAUCAUAUCCACGUAUGGUCGCCACGUGCUUGAACAAACCAUUGAGGCGGAUAACCAGAAAUAUGCUUACAAAUACAAGGGCAUAUCUAUAUGCUUUUCAACGUUUGGAAGAUGUCUAGGAGGUCGCUAUAUUAACUUUGGGGUUUUCUGGCUAUACGGUGAUAAAGCAAUCAAUGAGGCGUUCGAUAUAGUGUUCCGAAUGAUGCUAAGCAUUCCAAUAGACGAUCUCAUGGGUUUUCCAAAAUUGACGCGGUCCUUCUUUAGCAUGAUGGAUUACCUUGUGCACGAGCAAUUCACGGAACUACCUUCACUGGCUGUGGAAACCUUUUUAUAUAUAAUGCAAGCUUGCGAACAAGGUGUUCAGUCCGAGGAAACCUGGAUCCGAUCGCAUGCAUGUUCUAUCAUCAAUCACAUUUGCACUUACGUGAUUCAGGAGACAGAGAAAAUCGAUUUGAUGAGACGAGCAUCGACAAGCAGCGAUGCGUCCGAGGUAUCCACUGCAAGCCGACGUUCUUCUACUUCAAGUCCCGGGAGUCACUGGCUAUUGGGGUACCUUAGCCAAUAUCCUCAAGUGCUUCUCACAUUGUUUACGAGUAUUUUUGGAUUGGUGCUCUUUGAGGAGACGAUCGAUCCAUGGCAAUUGUCACGUCCGUUGUAUGCACUGAUGUUGCUGCAAAAAGAUCGAGUGGUGGAAUAUACGACCGAGGUUAUUAACCGACAAUUGCCGGAACGCCGUGAAUUCCUCACUACGGCAUUAAAUAAUCUGAUGGAGGGUAUUAACUGGACGCUAAGCUCGAGAGAUCGGGAACGCUUCUCGCAAAAUGUAUCAGCCUUUCGAAGAAAACUUUCCGCCAGCAAUAUUGCCCUUCUUCCAUACACAUUUUCAUAGUUGCACAAGCCCACCGUUAUUAAACAACAUGCCUUCGAUCUCGAUUUGACAAAAGAGAUUACAAAAAGUGAUAGUUGUGCUUCUAUAGAGAUUCUCGCUACUUGCUGUUAUUCAUUUAAUUUCUGUGAAGUAUGUGUCUUUGUUCUUGUCUCUGCGUCAAACUGCAUUGCUCACUGAAAAUAACCAAUGCUAAUUUGGCUGAAAAAGGAAAUUCACGUGACCUCAAAGGCCAAAAGAGCCGUGAUUCAGCGCUCACCAAAGAGGUUAUUCUGGUUGAU